GGCCGGGCCCCGGGUCGCACGUUGCAGCGCCAUGGCGGCUGGAGGCAGGAGAAAACUGGCGGAAUUGAGUGUUGAUGAAUUUUUAACUUCCGGAUUUGAGUCAGAAGAUGAUGGUGACUCAAAUGAGGAGACAUCAGCGCUUGUGGAAGAGCCUGCUAACGGGAAACAAAGCCAGAAUGGGCAGGCAGGAGGAAAGAAGAAGAGGCCACUCAAAGUUAAAACUGCAGAAAAGAAAAUGAAGAAAGGAAAGGCAACCGAGCACAAAGACCAGCUCUCACGGCUGAAGGAACGAGAUCCUGAAUUUUACAAGUUCUUGCAAGAAAACGACCGUUCCCUGCUGAACUUUGAUGACUCGGAUGGCUCUGAUGAGGAGGAGAAGGGUCUGCACACGUUGCCUGAAACGCUGGAGGAAGCAAGUGACGAAGAGGAGGAGGAGGAGGAGGAAAUGGUCAAGCGGAAGAAAGUUGACUUUAUCAUCGUGACCUUGAAGAUGGUGGAACAAUGGAAACAGUCUGCAGAGAAGCAACUAACACCCAGACUCUUCCAUGAAAUCACUCAGACCUUUAAAGCAUCUGUGGCAACUACCAAAGGAGAAGACGGUGGGGCCGAUCCCAGCAAAUUCAAAGUCACUGACAGUGCCGUGUUCAAUGCCCUGGUGUCCUUCUGCAUUCGGGAUCUCUUUGGCUGCCUGCAGAAACUGCUUCAGGUGAAGGUGCUGAAAGACAAAUCAAAGAUGAUGCUGCCCUCUACCAGCCCUCUCUGGGGCAAGCUGAGGCUGGACAUCAAGAUGUACCUGAGCUGCACCAUCCAGCUCCUGUCUUGUUUAACGGAAGCUUCUGUUGGAGCUGCUGUGCUUCAUCACAUCAAUGCCAUAGUACCUUAUUUCUUGUCGUUCCCAAAGCAGUGUCGCAUGCUGCUCAAGCAAGCCAUCCGUCUGUGGAGCACGGGCGAAGAAACGGUGAGAGUGCUGGCCUUCCUGGUACUGAACAAGAUCUGCCGCCAUAAAAAGGAGCUGUACUUGAACCCCAUGCUCAAGCAAAUGUACAUCUCCUACGUGAAGAACUCCAGGUUCACCUCCCCCAACGUCCUCCCUUUGAUCAACUUCAUGCAGCGCACCCUGACAGAGAUGUACGCCCUGGACACUCAGGUGUCUUACCAGCAUGCCUUCAUCUACAUUCGCCAGCUCGCCAUUCACCUGCGCAGUGCCAUGACCCUGAAGAAGAAGGAGAACUACCAGUCUGUUUACAACUGGCAGUACAUCCACUGCCUGUACUUCUGGUGUCGGGUCCUGAGCACCAUCUACCCCAGCGAGAUCAUGGAGCCGUUAAUUUACCCUCUGACCCAGGUCAUCAUUGGCUGCAUUAAGUUGGUGCCCACGGCUCGUUUCUACCCCCUGAGGAUGCACUGCAUCAGGGCCCUCACGCUGCUCUCUGAGAACACCCGGACCUUCAUCCCGGUUCUUCCCUUCAUCCUGGAGAUUUUCCAGCAAGUGGAUUUCAAUAAGAAGCCAGGCCGCAUGAGCGCCAAGCCUAUUAACUUCGCGGUCGUCUUGAAGCUGUCCAAUGCUCACCUGCAGGAGAAGGCUUUCCGGGAUGGCCUCAUUGAGCAGCUGUAUGACCUGACACUCGAAUAUCUCCACAGCCAAGCCCACAGCAUCGGAUUCCCAGAGCUGACCCUGCCAAUUAUCAUUCAACUCAAAUCUUUCCUGAAGGAAUGCAAGAUCGCUAACUACUGCAAAGCGAUCCGGCAGCUCCUGGAGAAGUUGCAGGAAAAUUCUGCCUACGUCGCCAGUAGGCGUCAGAAAGCCACCUUUGGCGUGGCCAGCAGGGAGGCUGUGGAACAAUGGGAGAAGCAGGUCAAGGAAGAGGGGACGCCUCUGACCAAGUAUUAUGCUCACUGGAAGAAGCUGCGGGAGAAAGAGAUCCAGCUAGAAAUCAGCGGCAAGGAAAGGCUCGACGACUUGAACCUCCCAGAAAUCAAACGGAAGCGACUGGAGGACAGGAAGGAGGAUGACAAGAAAGAAUUCAAGGACCUCUUUGAACUGGACAGUGACUCCGACGGGGAGAGCAGUGGAUUCUCCGUGCAAGGAAAAUCAAAGGCCAAGAAAGCACAGGGAUCUGUGGGGAGCCCAGCCAGUGCUUCGGACGUGAGCAGCGAGGAUGACGAGGAAGAGGAAGCCAGUGACUCGGACGGGGGAGGUGAGGAGGGGCCCUCCACCUCGGACGGGACCCUGAAGCAGCUGGCCUAUGCCAGGCGGCUGUCCUCUGCCGACCUCAAGCUGCUGGCCCAAGGGGAGGAGGACAUUGUGGAGGACCUUGAUGACGAGUACUUCGAUGACCUAGCCGGUGACUGAAGACUCCACAAAUGCUCUGGGCUCGCUCCCUCUGCGCCUAGGAAGGCGAGCUGGUGCCCUCGCUGACAAUCAAAGCUGGUCGUGAUGGGAACUAGGCUGAGGAGAAGCCCCGGAGGAGGUAGGAGCAGCAUGGGAUGGGCAGCCCUAGCAGGACAAUAUUUCUCACUGAUGCAGCAGAGAUGCUGCCUAGACCUUUUCCACUGGAGUCACGUUAGUGGGAAUACAGUGAAAUGUGUGGUCACAUCAGGACCAGUGACACUGCUCUGUAAAGGUAAUAAAAAAAAGCCCUCAUUAAACUCCAGUGCCUUAAAUAAUGCAGGCUUCAGCGCCAGCCUGCUGCAGCCCAAAGAAACCAGUCCCUGGAGGGACAGACUCCUCUGCCCAUGGGCCGGGCACUCUGCCAAGCUGUCACAGGGUGCUUGCCAUGUGUGUCUUUGUAGUUUCCCGGUCCCUGGAAACUUUUCCCACUGUCAUUAAAAGCAGCUCCGAGCCGUGUCCACACACGAGCUGUGGGAGUGAAUAGGGAUGGUCACGCCGACUUGGCAGCUGAAGGGCGUGCACCGGUUGCUGGGUCAGUUUGCCGGGGGGGAUGCGGCAACCAAGGGAAGGCUGCUUCGCCCAGAGCUCCCUUGCUUGUCUGCAUCCAGAAGUGCUACUGUGUAGGCACCACUGAAAACGGGCUGGCACCAGUAGUGCGACUCGUGUGCUGCUCACCUGGGUGACGAGAGGGUUUUUCAUAUUGUCCCUCCAGCACAAGGUCUUAGUGAGCAAACUGGGCUGGCUCUCACAUCAACCACCUUGCUGUUAACCAAGUUCCAGUUCCAGGCUCUCCGGUGCAUCCUUCAGCUCCUCCCAUGGUUAAUGACCUCGGGGGAUUCCUUCCAUGGGGCUGAGGUUCAGCGGGGGGCAGGAGAAGAUGCCAGCUUGAAUCCCAGACCCCAUGUUUAGUUUGCAUGGCUGGCAAGCAGGCAGAUUUGAUAGGAAAAUGUGUUGCGAUGCUAAGUGUGAUGCCAGGACAUGGCAUUUGGACCACGUCACAUCUCUGAGGUUUGAAGGGGUGUGGGGUUUUUUAUUAAACAUUUCCAAUACUACCUGAGCAGAAGAGGGUUCCACGACAGCAGGGGCAGGGCACUGGCUGCUUUCAUGGCAUUCAGGGGUGAUGAAAACGAGGCCCCUGCUGCUCUGUUCACCUCAGAAGUGCUUGUCACGCAGCAGCCACCUAGCACAAGGGGCCCAGCAACGGUACGUUCCUAUUGUACAUCUCUUGAGGCGCUCCAUGCAAACUCUUCCACAGCAAGGCUGUGACGUGCCUCAGGCAGGGCUAGAAACCAGCCCUUGUGGGUCCCUGUGCUCCAGCCAUUACAUAGUGCUGCUGAUUGUGAGCAUCACAAAGAAUCGGUUCCUUCCAUUCUCAACCUGACUUCAAAGGUUGCUUCCCUGGGGCAGGGUUUAGGUUGGGAACAGCUGAUGAGAUUGAGUGAGUUGUGGUGAAAAACUGGUGAAUAAAGGCCAGCAGGUUGGAGGUUUUCACAUGCUUGUUUUUCCAGCUGCAGAAAAGUUAAAAUGAAAAAAUGUGGGGAAAGUGAGGCCAGCCUCCCCUCUGCAGGUGCCAUGGGAUUGGACCCCUGCUAUUGGGCGUGCUCCCUCCCAUCCCUCCUCUGUGCCAAAGUCUGUCUUGCAGCAGCUGUGGCUGGUGAAGCAAAAUGUGCCCUAGCGAGAUCUGGUCUAGCAGCUGGGCACUGAGCAGACACUCGAAGGGGGAAAGCAAUGACCCUGUGUGAUUUUUUUUUUUUUUUUAUUUAAACUGAUUGCUGGAAAGCAUUUAUUGUGACGGGAUGAAGAAUGACAAUUGUUUUUUUUACAAGAUAAAGAAGCUAAUGUACCACCAAGCUAUUUUUAUAAGAAAAACGGUAGCACGUGCAACGUUUAAACAGAGAGAGAGCGCGAAGUACCAUGUGUGAUUGUUGUUCACAACUGUAAAAGUCACAGGAGGUCACCAUCGUCUUCACAGUAGUGAAAGCUCUCCCCUCUGGUUUGCCGGACCUCCCUACCUCCUAUGGGCAUGCACAGGUACCUGUCUCAUAGGCCUUAGCAGGCCAGAAUGUGCAACUCCAUCCACCUCUGUAACAAGGCUUUAAAAGAAAAUAACCCCUCCACAACCAAAAAACAAUAUGAAUGCGUUUGCUGUACAGAGGGGGACGGGCUGCUAGGAGGAGCCAGGAGCCCCUCCCCACCACACCCCUUCUGCUAUUGUUUGCUUUCUUCAAAAGAAAGUUAUCCCAACAUAAAAAGUCCUGGAUGGGCUGGGGCUGAGGAGACACUGCCAUAGUCUGUCGUCUCUGCGCGACACUCAGGGGGCAGCAGCCCCAGCCUGGGGGAGCGCCAAAGCUGCCUCUGCCGUACCAUCUGCCCCGAAGUAAACAUGGACCGGAACUUGCCUUUUGUCUGUCUUUGGUAUUGUUUUAAAAGUUGCUAGAGAUGCAUAGACACCUGAACAAGGAGCGGAGUACAGUUCUGGGGGUGGGGGGUUGGUUUGCUCACAGUUUGGGGCUCUCUGCCUUGGUGGGCAGGGUCACCCCCAGCAGUUCUCCAAAGCCGCGUUCCCGCGAAGGCAAACAGAUGAGCGUUCCCAUCUCUGCCUACUGCUCUCCCUUGAGUUUGGGCAAGCAGGAACGGGGGAGCACAGCCAGAUUGCUCUCAACCUGUUGUUUUCCCCCCUUGAAUUGCUUUCAAUAAAUCUUUGGAUUUUUUUUCCCUUCUUUGAUCUUUUCUUAUUGUGGGUUUUU